AUGAGCCCCUUGUUCGGAGCCUUUGUCUCUCUCCGUGACGCCCAGGAGCUGCCUUUUGGGCAACCUCCACCACCUCUGGCCGGAGACCUCGCCGAGAUGCUCACACGGGAUUAUUUGUCCCGUUUUUCCUCCCCGGGCCGUGCCAGGAGAAGCUGCUGUUGGCAGCGUGUGCCCGGCCCCGUGCCCACCACCAGCCAGGCCAUGAAGACAGAGAAGGAGGAGGCUGUGCCCACCUUCCCCCUGGGGGGUAAAUACGCUGGAGAGGGGGCAGGCUGCAGUGAGGCCGCUCUGCCCGGCGGCCCCAUGCCCGUGGUGGGCACCGGAGGGACCCCAGCCCAGGACCUGAGGCCACUGAAGCGGAGACCUGUCCCAGGGAAGCACUACCAGUGCUCGAGCUACGGCUGCAAGCUGGCCUUCCCCAGCAUGCAGGAGCUGAUGGACCACCUGAAGGUCCACUACAGACCCACGCAGUCCCUUGAGG